AUGACACCAGCAAGCACAUUUCUUGGCCUAGUAGAUCAACUUGAUUGUAUCACCAGAAAGGGAGGAUAUAAGAAUAUCCAAGACAGUUAUGACAAGCGAGGAGUCUUUUUCAGCCAUCUUGAUAGGCUCAUUGAAGUCAUCAGUCAUUCUGGCAAGAUUGACGAUCUCAUAAUCAAGUCGAAAAAACAAGAUUCUUUCCCCUUAACUGGCUUUAGCCGGUAUACCUUAUUCCAGGUCUUGUUUCAUGGUGCGACUUUGUCGACUGCCGCAGAAGAAGCCUGUGACCACAUCGAUGUGACGCGCACUCGGUGCUAUAAAAUCAGAACUGCCGAUGGCAGAGAGUUUGCAUCGCGAAGGAGUGCCCCACCCAGUAGCGAUAGCGAUGGCAGUUUGAGCGACAGCGAUUCCAAGUCUAGUAGCGACGAUGACGCAAAUUUGAGCGAGUACGAGCCGUGA